AUGUCAGACCUUCCAUUGGGCAGCUCAUCCGCUCCAGCAGUCGAUGGCGGGAAUGAGCUUAUGCUACUUCGACGUCCAGAUCGCGAGGCGGUGUUGAUGGCAAGUGAUCCUGCGAGCCCCGAAUAUCAAUACGGUCUCGAGGCAGAAGCGCCAAGUAGCGAGAUAUCACCCUCAGACGACGAGAUGGAGGACCCCCAAUCAUCUCAGUCUGAGCCUCCUCCGAUCGAGUCGAUGGACGUAGAGGAGGAGUCGGCUGCGGAGAGCAUUUUUGUCGCUGUGGUGGAGGGCCGUGUAUCACCCAGCGUCGAGGGGGCCUCGUCUUUUGAUCUCGAUAGUCUCAUGGCUGGACUCAGUCGACCUAUCGACCAUUCCAGCGAAGAGGCUAUGCCACCCGAAGCGAACGACGGUGCCAAUAAUGGUGAGGAGUUGCCCUCAGUCCCACCCGACGGCUCCAGCUUGGGAAUUAUUGAUUUCAGAUCGCUGAUUAACCGGCUGGGUAAUGACAUGAACGUCGACCUCCCCUCGAGUGAGAAUGAGAACAGUGACCCGGCGAGCACCCCACAUUCGACUCCGCUCCCGCAAGUCCCAAACGGGCCCAUCGAGCGUUUGAAUGCGUUCGGAGGCGACUGGACGGCUCUCGAGGCUCGUCAAAGCUUGCAAUUGGAUAGCUUCUCUCGUCUGGCGACGAAUGGAUCGGUGAAUGUACCAACCCGGGUGAGGGGGGAUGCCGGUACCAAUAACGUUCUCAUAGCGGGCAUGAUAGAUCAUCUGCUUGAUGUUGAACGGAACCAUCCAUUGGCGAACGCUACGGCUGAUUUUGACCUGGAAGAAUUGGAUCGCUUGAGUCGUCAGUUGGCUGGCUCACCGCAAGAGGAGACUAAUCUACCUCUCUUCUUGAGGAGCUCAUCUCCUACCACUGUUGGAUCGACUUCUCCCUCAUCCAGGCAAGUCGACUUGCUUGAAGGUGGUGAUGGAAUGGGUCCACAGAUGUCAACAAUUACACUGUUUGUUAGUUACGUGGAUGUGGAUGGCUGGGUCGGUGUUUAUGUCGAGCGUGGAAUGCAAGUGCCCCUCCCCGAAGCUAGCGGAGGGAUGAACAUUUCUUUCAAGGUUCUUCUGGAAAAAUGUCGGGAGUGUGGCAAUCGUACAGGGCGGUUGGUGGAACGCCUCAUCCGUGGAACGGCCGUAUUUUAUGUCGGCACAAACGUCAAGCCUGUACCUCUGGACGAGGUGCUAGCCAGUCCGGCAUCUCAGAUAGCAUACCAAGAAGUCGGCGCACUCGCUAGAGUGAUCAACGACCGCGAUAGUGUUACCCUGGCUGCUCCUUGUGUAGAAUGUGCGGAGCAGGAGGCUGUAAUGGCAGUGGGUGCCGGCUUGGGUGCUGGUGGGCCGUGCUAUGUAUUAUACUUGUCGCCAGAGGAAAUGGAGAAUGUCGUCAACGGUCCAGUGCCGGCGGUAGUUCCACCAGUACGCGCAGUGGUGGUUUUCACGUGCUUAGACAGUCAGGGUGAUGCUGACCAAGACUUCCAGACCGGUCGAUGGGCUCAUGUGGACGUUAUGGAAGAUCGGUGGGCGAUGUGGGACCAAGUGUUCGGGAGCAUGUUUGACGUGUUGGUGGCUCUGGGUCGUAAAGACUGGAACUCCACCUACAAGCAUUUCACCACUGUGCAGACGGUGGUGGCGAUCACGGUACGACUGGACUUGGUGGUUCAUGACCACGGAUUCAACUUGAGUCUCCUGCCUGUGCAGACCUGGCUCCUGGACCGGCUAAGAGCGCGUCAUGCACGUUAUGUCGAUGUCGGGCCCAGGACUUUUCAAAAUUGGAUAUCGGCGUUAUGGGUUGAGGUCGAGGUGGUUUAUAGGCGGCUGGCUGCCAAGCUCAGCUUGGGCCAGGCCCUUUCGGAGGGGGAACAGCGUGUAUUCCAGACGGCCAAAGUGUGGUAUAGUUUUCCUCUGGCGCAGGCGAUGACGGGAACUUAUGUGCCGACGGACAAAGAACUACUCGUUUUGAAGGACACGACACCGUACGAGAUGUGGACAGGACUAGUGUUGACCCUGAAAGGUGGAACUCGACGUGGCCAUGGAAGGAUGCAGGGAUCAGUCCCCCUGACGCGAGAUGUGGAAAGGUGCGGCGCCGGAUCCAUCGGCUGCACCUCCUUAGGAACUUCCGGACACGGCCACGAUAAGGAGGUAUUACCGGACUUUGCGCGUGUGGAAUGGCUGUUGGCAGGUCGAGAUGCGGAUCAGAAACACCAGGGCCUUCCCCGGGAACAACGGCGCAUGCCGGAGGUGGAUCAGGAUGGCCGCCGUGAUCGCACUGGGCUGCGAGCGAUUGCUCCAGUACGGCGGCGCGGUGAACAUCUGCAUCUAGCACAUGACUGGGAAGCGGGUGGUCAUGAAGGAAGUGUGAGAGCUCUGCUUGCUGUUGAAGACAGUAUUGAAAGGCGCGUGCUCCCUGAACGUGUGCUUGCUCUGCAAAGAAAGAAUCUGGUCUUUCGGCCCGGUGCUCACCAACAAGCGUUGCUCAUCGCCGUCAUCAUUACAGAAUUGCACCUUAAAGUAUCGAUCAUCAUUGGCAUGUUGUCCAUGGCUAUUGCUUUUUUACAUCCAGGACGGUAUUCGACCCGUCGUCGCAGUAUUCAACAGAUGUUCAUCGUGAUCAUCGUGAUAACACCUGAUCUGAUAGCGCCUCGGCAGCAGAUCUUCAUCGUCGUCAUCGUGAACAGCGUCACCAAGAUCGUGACCGUGGCUAACAUCGACAGUGGCAGCUCAUCGGUGUAA